ACGCGCACGCGCUCGGGCGCGCUCCCAGCGGGGCGGGCCGGGACUCGCCGCUCGCACGCCUCUGGGCCGCCCUGAGCGCGCGCUCUGCCUUCCGCUUCCGACGCGCUGUCUGCCGAGCCGGUGGAUGUGCGGCAAUAACAUGUCUGCUCCGAUGCCAGCCGUCGUGCCCGCCGCCCGGAAGGCCACCGCCGCGGUUAUUUUCCUUCAUGGAUUGGGAGAUACUGGGCAUGGAUGGGCAGAAGCCUUUGCAGGUAUUAGAAGUUCACAUAUCAAAUAUAUCUGCCCACACGCGCCUGUGAUGCCGGUCACACUAAAUAUGAACAUGGCUAUGCCUUCUUGGUUUGAUAUCAUUGGGCUUUCACCAGAUGCUCAUGAGGAUGAACCUGGAAUUAAACGAGCAGCAGAAAGUGUGAAAGCUUUAAUAGAUCAAGAGGUGAAAAAUGGCAUUCCUUCUAACAGAAUUAUUUUGGGAGGAUUUUCUCAGGGCGGAGCUUUAUCUUUAUACACUGCUCUGACCACACAGCAGAAACUGGCGGGGGUCACCGCACUCAGCUGCUGGCUUCCACUUCGGGCUUCAUUCCCACAGGGUCCUAUCAGUGGUGUUAACAAAGAUAUUUCUAUUCUCCAGUGCCAUGGAGAUUGUGACCCUUUAGUUCCCCUGAUGUUUGGUUCCCUUACUGCUGAAAAAUUAAAAUCGCUGGUAAAUCCAGCCAAUGUAACCUUCAAAACCUAUGAAGGCAUGAUGCAUAGUUCAUGUCAACAGACACUGAGCUUGUGAUGAAAGAGCAAGGGAUUGAAGAAUGAGGAGGAUCUGCAUGGCAGGAAAUGAUGGAUGUCAAACAAUUCAUUGAUAGACUUCUACCUCCCAUUGAUUGAUGUCACUCAGAGGCCUUGUGGAGAAGUACACCAGCAGCAUUGUAGUAGAGAAUGAACCUUUCCCAAGCCCAGUCUUAAAACUUCUAAUGUUUGCAGUGUUAAAAUGUUUUGCAAAUACACAUCAAUGAUACAUAAUAAAUAAUGUUUCCUUGUGGGAAAUUUAUGAUCUUUUAAGUUUCUAUACAUGUAUUUGUAUAAUGUGAUCCAGAAUAUACUAGUAUUAAAAUAGGUGAGGCAGCUAGGUUCUUUUUCUCAAAUAUAAUUGAGCAAAAUAAUUAACAAUUGCAACCAGAUUUUUUUUUAUCAUUUGGAAAUUACCAGUGUAUGAAAAUUUGUUCAGGUAAAAUGAACAAUUUCAGUAUAAAUGAUUUAUGGAUGCUGUGACUUAGUCUAUGGAUUUAUUCCAAAAUGGCUUAGUCACCAUGCAGUGUCUGUAUUUUUCUAUAUGUGUUAUUAUACAUAAUGAUUGUAAUAUGUGAGAAUUAGAUGUUAUUACAUUAUUCUUGAUAGUAGGGAUAAUGCUUUUGUCUGUAAAGAGUAACGCUGCUGUCUUCAUUUAAUGGUCCCUUUAUUUGAGGGACCAGGUUUUUCUUUCCGUUGAUAUUAUCUAUUUAAUAUUUUCUCUUUUCAAGGAAAAAAAAUUUUAUUUCGUGAUUAUUCUUCAUAGCAGACCAAAUAAUAUUCUCUCCUUGCCAUCAAUGUCUACUGCUGUAAUUUGACAUUCUGAAUUACAGACAUACAAUGUUCAAAAUCUAUAGACACUUUAAAAGAAAUCAAACAGUACUUAAACUUCUUACAUUAUAUUUUUCAAAUCAUUAUAGUUUAGUUCAAAUUUAGACUUAUUUAGAAUCUUCAAUUUUGAUAAUAAAGCUUAUUUUUCUGUAAGCAAUUGAAUGAAUUAGUUCAUACUCUGGUAUGUACAGAAAUAUUUAAGACUGAUUUUAAAAAAUAAUUUCUAAAAUUAUUGGGGCUUUUUGUCAUAUUAAGUUUACUUUUCCUCUGCAUAUGUUUGAAACCAACUACUGUAAAAAAUGAAUGAUCUGGCUGGGGAUUUAGCUCAGGAGCAUAAGCACCUGCCUUGCAAGCAGGCAGUCGUGAGUUCUAUCCCUGGUACCGAUAAAAAAGAAAAAGACCAAAAAAAAAAAAAAAGAACGAUCCAUGAGACAAAAUUGCUUUAUUUUAUCCUCCAGUGAUCUUACUUGAAAUUUUCACUUCACAUUAUUUCUAAAAAUCAGUCUUCUGUGCAAACAUAAAAAUGGCAAUCAUUUGAUUUUAAAUAGUCAAAAUUUCCAGAUUUAUAGUAAAAAAUUAUUUGAAAACAAUUUUAUGAAUAAUAAAGGUUAAUUAGAACCCUAUAACUAUGGUAUAGUUACCAUACAGUUUAAAAUGUACCAAAAUGUAUGCUUAGUAUUUCUGAAGAUGUUAAUUUUUCUGCUGUAUUUCAGCUUACCAAAACAAUGUUAAGAACGCAUCUUUAUGGUGCUAAUUGAUCAUGGAAGUAAUCUAGUAAUAGACUACAUUGGAUGUGUAUAAUGAAGCCAUAUGUUUAUUUCUGGAUUUUAAACAAUCAUUUACUAAGUCGUUCUGCUUUACCUUGAAGAACUGUGGACUUAGUUCAGUUACACAAAUCAGUAAGAUCUUAGAGCAAAAACAACGCCAUUGAAAUGUUGUGCUGUAAUGUGGGACAAUGUACCUGUUUUUCAUGAUUUCUAUCAAUAUGAAAUAAAAUUUAAUUCUGACUUCA